AUGUUUUUCUUGCCGUUUCUACUUUUUACAUUCCUUUCGGCUGACGAUCCGAUUUGUCCAAAGUAUUUUUUCUAUCAAAGUGAUCUGAAUCUUUGCAUUGUGCGGCUGAAUAGCCAAGCCGACUGGAAAACAGCCGAAUUUCUGUGUUCUGGAGAGUUCGGUGGCCAUUUGCCGUCGAUUCACAACGCCUUUCAGAAUUCCCUUUUUGCUCAACUGCAAAUGAAUUUGACUGGUAAUUUUCUCAACUAUUUGGGCGCCAAGCAAAUCUCGAAUGGAGUUUUUAAUUGGAGUGAUGGAUCGGUUUUUGAUUAUCAAAAACUUCAGCACUCAAGUGAGUCCGGCGACUGUGUUCUUUUGGAUUCAAGGGAUCAAAUGUGGAAAUUGACUCCGUGCUCUCGAAAUCUCACAUAUUUGUGUGCUGCUCAACCAGUCGCCAGCACUACAACUCCUCAACCGAUCACUCAAUCCACAAGCAGAACGUUGAGCUCAACAGCAGCUCAGAUCACCUCAGCAAUGAAUAAUUUAACUUGUCUUCCUGCAAAUCGACAACCACUUUACAACUGUGUCAAAGGAUGGCAAUAUUUCUCGGAUCACUAUUACAUGGUGCUAUUCGACAUGACAUACGACGAUGGAGAAACGGCGUGUCGAUCAUAUGGAGCUCAUUUGGCAUCGAUUCAAAGCUCAGCCGAGAACGACUUUAUUACGAAGCUCUGCUGCGAAUCGGCUUGCGAUGAUACCGAUCACAAUGAUCUAUUUGCUGGAAUCUAUCUGACUGGUGGAACAUUUCCAAAUGGGGUCUUAACGUGGACUGACGGAAGUCAAAGCGAUUAUCAGCAUCAACAAUGCUUCGGAGAUCCAUAUGAUCCCAAUCAACUCGUAAUUAUUGAGAACACAAAUCUGUGUGAUGGAGAUCGUUGUGCUCGCGGCGAUUGGGGUCUCACGAUGUUGAAUGACGAGGACGAAUGGCCGUACGUCGUCUGUAAAAGAAGC